AUGCCACCGAUCGCAAUUGUGGGAGCCGCAUUCAGACUACCGGGAAACGUGAGAUCUAUGGACAGCCUCUGGGAGCUUUUGCUCAGUCAAAAGGAUGUCAGUACAGAGUUUCCACGAGACAGAUUCAACAUCGAUGCUUUCUACAACGAGACACGCUCGAUGGGAAUCAAGACAAGAAGGGGAUUUUUCCUCAACCAAGACCUCGACAAGGUUGAUUCAUCCGUCUUCGAGUCACAGAAAAGCGAGACUGCGCAGUGUGACCCUCAACAGCGCUUGUUGCUGGAAGUCAUAUGGGAAUGCAUGGAAAAUGCAGGCCAGUCACACUGGCGCGGAAGUGGCAUUGGGUGUUAUGUGGGAACUUUUGGAGAAGACUGGCUGGAGAUGGGUCUGAAAGACUCCCAAGCAGUACAGCGAGCCCAUGUAUUCGGAACUGGAGACUUCGCUCUUGCCAACCGAGUGUCAUUUGAAUAUGACCUGCGAGGUCCAAGUAUGACAAUAAAGACCGGCUGCUCAGCAUCACUGGUAGGGCUGCAUGAAGCUUGCCAGUCUAUUGCGUCGGGUGACUGCUCAGCGGCAAUCGUGGCGGGGUCUAACAUCAUCCUCACCCCGACCAUGGCAAGAACUAUGUCACAAAAUAUGGUUCUUGCUGCAGACGGCAAGUGUAAGACCUUUGAUGCCAAUGCAGACGGCUAUGGACGAGGAGAAGCCAUCAAUGCGAUCUUCAUCAAGAGGCUCGAUGAUGCGAUUCGUGAUCGGGAUCCAAUUCGUGCCAUAAUCCGUGCAACGGCCACAAACUCGAAUGGGAGAUCAAGCAAAAUGGCUGUUCCUAGUGCCGGAUCCCAGGAGGCCUUGAUAAGGAAGGCUUACAAAAGAGCCGGGAUAGCUGAUUUGUCUGAAACUGGGCUUUUCGAAUGCCAUGGAACUGGCACCGCCGCGGGUGACGCAGCCGAAGGCGAGGCGAUUGCUCGUAUUUUCGGCGGGAAAGGGAUCUAUAUCGGAGCAGUCAAACCAAGUAUCGGCCAUUCGGAAGGUGCAUCUGGCCUGACCAGCAUCGCUAAAGCAAUUUUGUGCUUGGAGCACAAAGCGAUACCCCCAGCGGUUCAAUUCAAGACACCUAGCCCGAACAUCCCUUUUGAGAAGGCAGGUUUGCGUGUAGCCCAAGAGGUUACUAGCUGGCCAGCUGAUCGUGCAGAGCGGAUUAGUGUGAAUAGCUUUGGUAUCGGAGGAUCAAAUGCUCAUGUCAUUUUAGAUUCUCCCCGCACUUACAAUGAAGCGAGGGCAAAAUCAUCAUUGGCAGAAAAGUCGCCCAGCUUAUUGGUCCUUAGUGCAUUCAAUCCGGAAUCUCUCAAACAAAAGCGUCUCCUGCUAGCCGACCAUUGCAAGGAUCGAAAGGUCACCACCCGAGACCUAGCAUACACACUAGGGGAGAGGCGUGAUCAUAGUAAGUACCGCGGCUUCUGCAUCGUUUCCGAUGAAAUCCUCGUCGAUGUUCCCGAGCUCCAGAUGGGGCAGACCUCAAACACUCGGCCCGGGCCUUUGGUUUUUGUUUUGAAUGGACAAGGGUCUCAAUGGCAUGGAAUGGGACGUGACCUUGUAUAUAAGUUCAGCGUUUUCCGUGAGGUGAUCAAGCAGCUGGACUCGGUCCUACAGGCUCUCUCAAACCCCCCCAUCAUGGAAAUUGGAAGGUAUGACGCACCAAGAAUAAAGGAUAUAUCCUCAAUAUGGAAGUAUCCUGACCAAAUGACAGACAAAUUGACCGCCUGCGAUGAUCCGUCUUCUAUCACCAAAGCUGAGUUUGCACAGCCAAUGUGUGCAGCCAUUCAGAUCGGGCUCCUGGAUCUCCUUAGCUCCUGGAAUAUUCGUCCUUCACUAGUUAUUGGUCAUUCUAGUGGCGAGAUAGCAGCUGCGUAUGCUACAGGCGCAGUAUCUGCUGCAUCUGCCAUUAUUGUUGCAUACUAUCGUGGGCAAGCAAGUGGCUCAACCCUUCGGAAGGGAGGAAUGGCAGGGGUUGGUCUAGGUUGCGAAGCUAUCGCAGAAUUCUUGGAAGAAGGCGUUAUUGUCGCAUGUGAGAAUAGUCCACAAAGUGUGGUUAUAUCUGGUGACGAGGAUGCACUCGAUCGUACUAUACAUCGUGUCGCGGAGCAGCGACCCGAUACUUUCAUCGGCUGUCUGGAUGUGGAAACUGCUUACCAUUCCCACCAUAUGGUGGAAGUUGGCCCACUACUGGAGACUUUGUUGCAGAACCAAGAUUUGGAUUUCCUCACCCCACAAAUACCAUUCUAUUCUACGGUGUUUGGUAGAGUGCUCACCAAAGAAGACAAAAUUGACGCCGCUUAUUGGAGGCAGAACCUGGAAUCAACCGUUAGGUUCUCUACUGCCGUACAGAUCGCUCUUGAUGAUCUUGGUGGAGAAACCCCAUGCUUCCUUGAAGUGGGACCUCAUUCUCCGCUGUCGGGCCCUUUGCGACAAAUUUUCCAAGAGAAAGUGCCGAAUUCAGCUCCACCCUAUGUGUCUACUCUCCAGAAAGGCAAAGAUCAAUUAUGGUUACGACAUCGCUUUCACGGCUAUAAAUGGAGAAGGCAAAAUCCUCACAGACUUACCCCGUAUCCCUGGAAUUAUGACAAGAAACACUGGACUGAGAGCCGAAUCUCGAAAUCGUACCGGCACUCGGAGUUCCCGCACAAUGAACUUCUGGGCCAUCGAGUUGCUGAAACGGGCGAUAUUGACAUGACGUGGCGAAAUGUCCUUUCGCUGGACGCGAGUGAGUGGCUGGGCGACCAUACGUUUUCUGGGACGGUCAUUUUCCCUGGAGCAGGCUACAUUGCAAUGGCCGGAGAAGCAAUCAGGCAAGUGACUGGGACGAGCAGCUACUCGAUCCGGAAUCUCUUUAUCAAAAAUGCUUUGCUUCUAAGCUAUGACAAGAGUGUGGAGAUUGUCACCAGCUUGAAAUCGGAAAGAUUGACCGACAUUCUGGAUUCUACUUGGUAUCGCUUCACGAUAUCCUCUUAUGAUGGAGAGACAUGGACCCGACACUGCACUGGCGAAGCAAGAGCUAGCAAUCAGAUUGCGCAUUCUGUCAGCAAUCCAGAGCCUUUCAAGCGGAAGGUGAACCCCGAGUCCUGGUACCGAACCCUGAAGAAACUAGGAAUGCAAUACGGGCCUCAUUUCCAAGGUCUUGAAGAUGUCACAGCGGACCCAAAUGGUCAAUCUGCUACAGCCACUAUUGUCAGCAAUGGAGAGCUUCCUGAGUUUGACGCAUUUGCUGUACACCCGACUGUCAUCGACAAAGCACUACAGCUCGUGGGAAUAGCAGCUAGCAAGGGUCUAUCUCGGAACCUUGAUCGUAUUGCAGUCCCUAUUUCCAUCGACUCAAUCGAAGCGACUACUUUGGAAGAUGAAACCAUGGAAGGAGACAUGACCAAAUCUUCACGAUACACGUGCGAGGACUGGAAGCCUGACAUAGAAUUCCUCCCCUCUCUGGAUGAGUUUGUGGCACCUAAGGAAUUUGGUUACGAUCUUGGCUUCAGAGAUAUCAAUCGGUACGCUUGCAUUUUGCUGCUCAGGGAAUAUGCUGCCAUAAAAGAGGCAGUUCCUGCAACUGAUGCCCUUUCAAAAUACAAAGACUGGGUAGAAAAUCAAAUGCAGAUCUUCAGGCAGGGGGGAUACAAUUUGGUUCCUGAGAUAAGAGAGUGGGUAUUCAUGAGUGAUGAUGAGAAAGCUUCCCUUGCCUCAUCUAUGUGGGAGAGGCUGAAAGGGACCGACAGUCGGAUUCUCGCAUUCGUGAAUACUUUGAACGAAGUGUUCUCUCGCGGUGUCAUAAAGGAGAUAAUAGAAGGAAGGACGUCAGCUUUGGAGAUUUUGACAGCUGGCGACGGGCUUGAGAACCUUUACAAUGGAUUUGGAUCUAAACAGGUUUCGCCCGAGUUUGUUGCUCUGUUGGGACAUGCAAAGCCUGACAUGAAGGUGCUGGAAAUUGGUGCGGGCACUGGUGGAACUACAGCCCCUGUGCUUGAGGCCCUUCGAUCUCGAGGAAGCGCAUUGUACGCUGAAUACGUGUUCACCGACAUAUCAGCGGGGUUCUUCCUACCAGCGAAGGAGAAAUUCAAAGCUGUUCCUGGUAUUACAUACAAGCAACUUGACAUCAGUCAAGAUCCAUCUGUGCAGGGCUUUGAACCGGGCGAAUUCGACUUUAUCAUCGCAGCCAACGUUCUCCAUGCAACGCCUUGUCUUAAGGAGACAUUGGCCAAUGUUGAAAAAUUGCUUGCCCCGGGAGGCUAUUUCUUUCUUCAAGAGCUCGAUACGGAAAGCAUAGUUAUUAAUUCUAUUAUGGGCCUUCUUCCAGGAUGGUGGCUAGGUGAGAAAGACAACCGCGCAGAAAGUCCUCUUGUUUCCCCCGAACGAUGGGACUCUGAAAUUCGGAGUGUUGGCUUUACAGGAAUUGAGGCAACUGGGCACGAUUUUGAGGCGCCAUACAAUAUGAACGCAAACAUGAUAAUUCGCAAGCCGCCCCCUCAGAAGCCAGAGAAGAGCCAUAUCGGUCUGCUCUAUGGUGGAAAACUGACCAAGUCUAUCCGGGACAUCAGCGAAGUAUUCGUGAGAGAAGGAUACGACAUAUCUUGGUUUACGUUGAACGAUGCAACAGUUGAGUAUUCUUGCGUCGUGUCCCUUUUAGAUGUUGAUACUCCAUUCCUCAAAGAUAUCGAUGAAUCUGCCUUCGUCGCCCUACGGGAUUUUCUGUCAUCUGGGAAGGUACAGAGCUUGCUGUGGAUAACCCAUGGAUCUCAGAUGUACAGUGACAAUCCGUAUUGGAGCUUAGCACUCGGGCUAAGGCGGGUCCUCGAACGGGAGUAUUCCCUUCCUUUUGCAACGGUCGAGCUGGAUGCGUGGGAUAAAGAUUCUUUGCGAUGUCUCCUCAAGAUCCAGACAAGGCUUCAACAAGGACUCAAAUCCCAAAUUAGUCUUGAUUAUGAAUACGCUAUUUCCGACAAGCAAAUUCUCAUUUGUCGUCAUCAUCAAGUCCAAAUCCCCCAGGAAGGUGUGAGCCAGCCCACAAAGGUAAAGAAGCUGGUAGCUGGUACUGGUGGAUUGCUCGAUACUCUCAAGUGGGUUGACGACGAAGAACGUGCGCCUGGAUCUGGGGAGGUUGAGGUCGACAUCCGUUAUGUGGGGUUGAAUUUCAAGGACAUGAUGAUAGCAAUGGGUUUCAUUGGUCGGAAGGACGUCCUUGGGUCUGAAGCAACGGGGGUCAUCUCACGAAUCGGUGAGGGACCCCAUGCCCAAGAUUUCAAGAUUGGAGAUCGCGUCUGCAUAGUUCAAGAUGGUUUACUACGAACGCGCAUCGUCGUUCCUAGUGUACGCUGUCUUAUACUCCCGCAAGAUGUAUCGCUUGACGAUGGGGCAACCAUCCCUUGUGUGUACGCCACGGUGUUUCAUUCUCUUAUAACCCUUGGAAAACUAGAAAGGGGCCAGUCCGUGUUGGUACACUCGGCGUGCGGUGGAGUGGGCCUUGCGGCAAUCAACCUGUGUCAAUCGAAGGGUGCCGAGAUAUAUGCUACAGUGGGUAGUGAAACUAAGGCUCAGUAUCUUGUUGAUAAAUUCCACAUUCCGCGUCACCGGAUUUUCAACUCCAGGACCCCAGCUUUCAAAGAGGACGUGUUGCGGGAGACCUCAGGCAAGGGAGUGGAUAUCGUGUUGAAUUCACUCUCUGGGGAAUUGCUACAUGCUUCUUGGGAAUGCGUGAAAGAGUUCGGGUCCAUGAUGGAGAUCGGCAAGAGAGACAUGAUGGGACACGGAAAGUUGAACUUGGAUCGUUUUAUGGGCAAUCGAUCGUUUUUCGGAAUUGACCUAAACGCCGUGUUACUCCACGAAGAAAAGCUCAAGAGUAUCCUGGGGCCUAUUGCUGCGUACUUUGACCAGGAGGAAGUCAAGCCAAUCGAGCCCAAGAAUGUUUUUGAAGCUAAGGACGUGGAAGCAGCCUUUCGUUUCAUGCAAACAGGUCAACAUAUUGGGAAAAUUCUCAUCAAGAUCCCUGAGGACGAGACUGAGGUCCCAUGUUCUAGUGGUGAAUUGCCACUGAAACUUUCUCCAAACUCAUCUUACCUCCUGGCUGGGGGGCUAGGUGGACUCGGGUUACCUAUUUCAAGAUGGAUGGUCGAAAGAGGUGCCCGAAGCCUUGUAUUCUUGUCACGUUCUGCUGACCAGACUGUCAAAAUCGUGAAGCCAUCCAAGAGCUCCAGUCCAUGGGAUGUACAGUCGACGUUAUCCAGGGUAGCGUCGCUGAGAUACGCGACGUCCAAAGAGCGGUAUCUGCUUGCCCUAGGCCACUAUCCGGAUGCAAAUUUCUCGGAAAUGACAUACGACAAUUGGACUACUUCUUUAGCUCCCAAGGUGGUCGGAAAUACAAAUCUUUACGAAGCAGUCCAAGGUUUCGACCUGGAUUUCUUCGUUAUUUUUGGCUCCGUGAUUGCAUUUACCGGGAAUAUCGGCCAGGCAAAUUAUGCUGCGGCUAACUGCUUUGUCGACGCAUUCGCAAAGUAUGCUCGAUCCAAAGAGCUACCUGCCUGUGCAAUUCACAUAGGCGGCUUAGACGAAAUUGGCUAUGUGAGCGAAAGGCCAGAACUGGUCAAGAUGUGGAGGAACAGAAUUAUGGGAUCACAGGACGUAUUCCUGUCUGAGAAAGAACUGCUGCAAGCCUUGCAUAUUGCCAUUCUUAAAGCUCAAUGCAGACAGGAAACUAGCCGCCAGGCCUCAGUCACUGUGGGAUUAGAUGCUCUAAGCUCUGUGAUGAAUCCGGAAUUUCAUCAGACCGACUUACGAUUCGCCCCAUGUCGCCGUGCUGGGGCCCAACAUUCGGAAUCUCAGAUCUUGGAAGGAGUAGAUAAGGUCCACAAAUUCCUGGAAGAGGUGAAGGCGGAUCCCUCGAUGCUCUUGGAGGAGUCCUCUCGCGAUUUCAUUGUCAAAGAGCUGGUACAGGCCAUCACGGCCCAUUCAGGCGACGAAGGCUCUGGUUCUCCCGAAGAGAUAGCCAUCGAUUCUCUCAUGGUGAUUGAAAUCCGGAGUUGGCUUCGCAAGCGCCUAGCCCUUGAUAUCCCGACUCUACUGGUCACCAAAGUCAAGAAUGUUGGAGGGCUGGCAACGCUUAUUAUCGAAAAAUUGCAAGAGAAGUAUCUCCCAAGUGGCGAUGUGAAGAGUGAGGAGGGUGAGACGGAAGGGGUAGAGGCAAGUUGA